CGAUCGGGUGAUAAAGCAAAAUGGCGUCUGGCGGAAAAGGCCUAAACGCGGGCAUUAUAUUUCUGUAUUCUUACAUAUAUGUUGUGUAAUAGAGUACACACGGUUAAUAAUUGUUUGUAGCCGGAUACAUUAGUCUGAGCGCACUUUGACACUUCUCCUGUUUGAUAGCUUCACUUAAGGUAGCUUGCAGCUAGUUUAGCUGGCUAGUUAGCUUAGCUUGUUAGCUGCUAACAAAGAGACGCGGAAGUUAUUUAAACAUCGCUAAGUAGGGAACUAAUGUGAGUGUAAAGUGUUGUGAUUGUGUGAAAAUGUGCGAAAAAAUGAUAGCAAAGUACGAGGAGGAACUUUGUCCAACAAAAGAGGAGAAGGAGCGACAACAACAAAAACAUCAAGUUGUGUUACACAGAACAGACAUCCAUCAGCUGAUUGAACACCAAGAAGAAUGUCUCCCUCAUCUGCAGGGGGACAGUUUGACUUUAGAGUAUCCACAGCCCUCACAUUUUAAAGGAGACGAGGCGUAUCCACCGCCCCCUUAUUUUAAAGAGGAAGAGGAGGGAGAGUGUCCUGUUGGGCAGGAGGAGGCUGAUCUCAGCAAGUUUCCACUGACUGUUGUCUCUGUGAAGACUGAAGAGCAUGAAGACAAACCACCUGAGCCCUCACAGCUUCAUCACAGUCCAAACGUCCAGCAGCCCCCUCACAUUAAAGAGGAAGAGGAGGAAGUGUGGAUCACUCAGGAGGAAGAGUGUCUUCUAGGGCAGGAGGAGGCUGAUCUCAGCAAGUUUCCACUGACUGUUGUCUCUGUGAAGACUGAAGAGCAUGAAGACAAACCACCUGAGUCCUCACAGCUUCAUCACAGUCCAAACAUCCAGCAGGUGUCAGCAGAGAGUCAUGAAGAGAUUCCCUCCAAGCAGCAGGAGUGGAGCUCUAGUGUGGGACAGAAGGAGCUACAGGCCUCCUCCCACAUUAAAGAGGAAGAGGAGGAACUGUGGGAGCAGCUUCAAAGGUUAGAGGAGGCAAAUAAUGAACAUAAAGCUCAGUCCUUACAGCUUCAUCACAGUCAAAGUGAAGAGAACAGAGGGGCGGAGCUUGACAGAAGCUGAUGGAGAGCAUUGUGAAGAUAUAAAGUCAGAACCAGACAGCAUCUUUGCUCCACUGUCAGAAAUGGACCACAUGAUGUCAGACUCUUCUGAUCACAGUGACCACAUCCAAAAACCUUUGGAGAGUAAAAAUGACUCUAUAGAUGAUACAAGACAUCACACUAACAACAAACACUCUGACUGCUCUGAAUGUGGGAAAUCAUUUAGACGGAAGAGUAAUUUUACAGUUCACAUGAGAAUACAUAAAAGAGAGAAACAUUUUUCUUGCUCUGUUUGUAAGAAGAGUUUCUCCAUAAAGGAAAGCGUGACCAGACACAUGAGAACACGCACUUGAGAGAAACAUUUUCUGUGCUCAGUGUGUCCCAAAAGAUUCUCCAUGAAUGACCAAAUGAAAAGACACAUGAGAACGCACGCUGGAGAGAAACCUUUUACUUGCUCUGUUUGUAAGAAGAGGUUCUCCAGGAAGCUUGAAAUGUCUGCGCACAUGAGAACACAUACUGGAGAGAAACCUUUUACUUGCUCUGUUUGUAAGAAGAGUUUCUCCAUAAAGGAAAGAAUGACCAGACACAUGAGAACACACACUGGAGAGAAACCUUUUCUGUGCUCAGUUUGUCCCAAAAGAUUCUCCAUGAAUGACCAAAUGAAAAGACACAUGAGAACACACACUGGAGAGAAACAUUUUACUUGCUCUGUUUGAAGGAAGAGGUUCUCCAGAAAGCUUGACAUGUCCACGCACAUGAGAACACAUACUGGAGGGAAACCUUUUACUUGCCCUGUUUGUAAGAAGAGUUUCUCCACAAACCUUGUCAUGACCAGACACAUGAUAACACACACUGGAGAGAAACUGUUUAGUUGCACUGUGUGUGUUAAAAGGUUCAGGUUUAACAAUCAGGUCAGUGAGCACAAGUGUGUAACAGUCAUGGAAGCUGCAGGGAUUUAAAAACACUUAAACAGUGAUUGUGCCAAAUGUACUUUAAAAACACAUCAAGUUUAAUAUGAAUAUAUAUUUGAUGUUGCAUGUAGUGCUUCUCAUCAUCUAUUGUUAUAUGUUGUCCUGUGCUUACUCUUUAAAGGCCUACUGAAACCCACUACUACCCACCACGCAGUCUGAUAGUUUUUAUAUCAAUGAUGAAAUAUUAACAUUGCAACACAUGCCAAUACGGCCGUUUUAGUUUACUAAAUUGCAAUUUUAAAUAUACCGGGAGUUUUUUCUUGAAAACGUCGCGUAAUGAUGAUGUGUACGCUUGACGUCACGGGCUGUUCGGAAAUAUGAGCGCUGCACACACACACAGCUAAAAGUCGUCUGCUUUAACCGCAUAAUUACACAGCAUUUUGGAGAUCUGUGUUGCUGAAUCCUUUGCAAUUUGUUCAAUUAAUAUUGGAGAAGUCAAAGUAGAAAGAGGGAGUUGGGAAGCUUCAGCCUUUAGCCACACAAACACACGGUGAUUCCUUGUUUAAAAUUCACGGAGUUGAAACUUUACUAUGGAUCACAGCGAACAUGGAUCCCAACCGAAUGUCAACCAGCAGGCUUCGGUGAGAAAAUUGUGGUAAAAAGUCACUUCUUACCGGAUAUCAGCUGAGCUUGUGCCGCCCAUACAGCUGCCGUGGACUUCCCUGAGACACUGUGCGUCAACACACCCGUGGACGUACACCUCCGACUAUCAAGUACUGUUAAACUCACUAAAACACUAGCAACACAAUAGAAAGAUAAGGGAUUUCCCAGAAAUAUCCUAGUAAAUGUGUCUAAAAACAUAAGAAUCCGUCCCAAUGCAACCGCUUUUAUUUAUUUUUUGUAACUUUUUCUUUUUUUUUCUAGUCCGUCGCUAUCAAUAUCCUCAAACAUAAAUCUUUCAUCCUCGCUCAAAUUAAUGGGGAAAUUGUCGUUUUCUCGGUUCGAAUAGCUGUUUUUGUUGGAGGCUCCCAUUAAAAUCAAUGUGAAUAUGUGAAGACCCAUCAACAUGGGACCUCAUCGUCUGCGACUUCCGGUAGAGGCAGUGCUUUUCUCUUAGCACCGAAAGUUGCGAACUUUAUGGUGGAUGUUCUCUACUAAAUCCUUUCAACAAAAAUAUGGCAAUAUCGCGAAAUGAUCAAAUAUGACACAUAGAAUGGACCUGCUAUCCUCGUUUUAAUAAGAAAAUCUCAUUUCAGUAGGCCUUUAAAGGGGAACAUUAUCACAAUUUCAAAAGGGUUAAAACCAAUAAAAAUCACUUCCCAGUGGUUUGUUUUAUUUUUUGAAGUUUUUUUCAAAAUUUUACCCGUCCCGGAAUAUCCCUGAAAAAAGAUUUAAAGUGCCUUAUUUUCGCUAUCUUCGAAGCCACUAUCCAUUUUCCUGUGAUGUCAUACAGUGCUGCCAAUGUAAACAAACAAUGCCGAAUAGCACAGCAAAAUAUAGCGACAUUAGCUCGAAUUCAGACUCGGAUUUCAGCGGUUUAAGCGAUUCAACAGAUUAUGCAUGUAUUGAAACGAAUGGUUGGAUUAUGGAGGCAGAUAGCGAAAACAAAAUUGAAGAAGAAACUGAAGCUAUUGAGCGAAUAGCUAUUGACGCUACUCGGCAAUAGCAUCGCCGGUAAAAUGUGCAGACCAAACGUUUAGGACUUUCGCAUCCUGUGACACUGGAGCUACUUAAAUCCGUCGAUUGGUAAGUGUUUUUUUCGCAUUAAAUGUGGGUAUCUAGUUUGAAAUGUACAUACAGGUAGCCUAAAUAGCAUGUUAGCAUUGAUUAGCUGGCAGUCACGCCGCGACCAAAUAUGUUUGAUUGGCACAUAAGUCAACAACAUCAACAAAACUCACCUUUGUGAUUUUGUUGACUUUAUUGUUGCAAAUGCAUCUACAGGUUAUCCAUACAUCUCUGUGCCAUGUCUGCCUUAGCAUCGCCAGUAAAAUGUGCAGACACUCCGGCACAUUCAAUGGAGGGUCUGGCGGCAUAUUUCUUGCCACUUUCGCAUCUUUGGGCCAGUGGUGCAACUUGAAUCCCUCCCUGUCAGUAUUGUUACACCCUCCGACAACACACCGACGAGGCAUGAUGUCUCCAAUGUUCCAAAAAAUAGUCGAAAAAACGGAAAAUAACAGAGCUGAGACUCGGUGUUUGUAAUGUGUUUGAGAAAAUGAAAAUGAAGGCUUUAUUACCUAGGUGACGUCACGUUCUGACGUCAUCGCUCCAUGAGCGAUAAACAGAAAGGCGUUUAAUUUGCCAAAAUUCACCCAUUUAGAGUUCGGAAAUCGUUUAAAAAAUAUAUAUGGUCUUUUUUCUGCAACAUCAAAGUAUAUAUUGAUACUUACAUAGUUCUGGUGAUAAUGUUCCCCUUUAAGUUGUGUGCAUAUGUAGUUAUUAUUGUAUUCUAUUUUCUCAUUUGUUUAUU